AUGAAGACGGCGAUGGUUUAUGUUGUUAAGAAGCCAGUUGUAGCUUCUAAAGUCGGCGAUGACUCAAGUAGUACUAGACUGCAUUUGCUGGCCAAAAUUAUGGGAGCAACGAUGGUGAAGGAGAGGAUAGUAGCAGGAAAUAGCGGUGUCAUGGUUGCCAAUAUUGGUGAUAGUUUGGUAUUGCAAAGGACAAAGAGGUUAGUUGAUCUUAACGCAGAUUUUAAUAUGGAAUUUGUGGUCCUCUCUAUUAAUGGUUGGGUGGAUCUAGUAUCAAUUCAGACUUUCUCCACUCCAAUCCAGCUUGGUGGUGUAAUAAAAGCUUACCGAACUUACAAUAAGGAUAUUUAUUAUUCAGACAUAAUUGUAUUUCAGAAUUGUGCUUGCCCACUUGAUAAGAGUAAAUAA